AUGGCUCAACAUGGAUUCUCCUAUGAGAAUGAAAAAGUGAAGCAAACAAGGUUUCAGAUAUUUAAAGAUAACGUGCAGCAUAUUGAAAUGCAUAAUCAAGAAGGAAAUCACACGUACAAGCUUGGGAUAAAUAAAUUUGCAGAUCUAACAAGUGAAGAGUUCUUAGCUAAGUAUGCAAGAAGUUCCAUGCCAUCAUUCAAGGUACCAUUAUCAAAUCAAUCAACUUAUGAAUACAAAGAUAUGAAAGAUGUACCACCUAGUCUUGACUGGAGAGAUCACAAUGCCGUCACAGUUGUAGUGGAUCAAGGAAGUUGUGGAUGUUGUUGGGCAUUUGCAGCUGUUGCUGCCAUUGAAGGCAUUGUAGCUAUCCGAUCAGGUAGGCUAAUUCAAUUAUCAGAGCAACAUAUUUUGGACUGCAACUACUACCACGAAGACUGCAAUGGCGGAAGAAUGGAUCAUGCUUUCGAAUUUGUUUGGAGAAAUGGGGGUCUUUCAUCUGAUAUUGAUUAUCCUUACACUGGAACUCAAGGAGCAUGUGCCAAUUACAAACCAUCAUCUCUUUCCUCAGUGAUCACUGGAUUUAGUUGUAUUCCUAAUUAUAAUGAGGCAGCAUUGUUAGCAGCAGUAGCUAACCAACCUGUCUCGGUUAAUAUUGACCUAAAAGUCUUACAUUUUUAUCAGUCUGGAAUUUUGACAGGAGAGUGUGGAAAUAAUUUAGAUCACGUAGUUACAAUAGUUGGUUAUGGAGUAGAAAAUGGAGUUGAGUUUUGGUUGGUCAAGAAUUCGUGGGGAUCGGAAUGGGGAGAGAAUGGAUAUGUAAGAGUGCAAAGAAAUGCAGGUGCUAAAGAAGGCAUGUGUGGUAUUGCAACGUUUGGUUGUUAUCCCAAUGUCUAA